AUGAGUCCGUUUUCUUCUUCUAAUUCGUCUCAUCUGACUUCGGGAACUACUCACAGGGGAGUUCCGAGUAGGUGUUGGUGUGGUAACGAAAUAACAAUGUUCACUUCGAAAACAGAUGAGAAUCCGUAUCGAAGAUUCUACAGAUGCGUGCAGGGCGUGAAGGAUAAAAAGGAGAAACACAUGUUCCGUUGGGUUGAUGAUGCUCUUUUAGAGGAGAUAAGAAUGAUUGAAAACAAACAUAAGCAGCUCUUAGAAGAUGUCAAUGUUCUAAGAAAGAUGGUGGUGGACAAUGUCGAGGUCCAAAACAAGUUGAUGCAGGAGAUGAAACAACAGAUGAACAAGGAGAUGAAUGAGAUCAUUCAGCAAGAGCUAACGGAUACAAAGGAGAGUUUGGAAAAGUCGAACAUGAAGACAGUUUGCAUACUUGUUGUUGUGGCAGCUUCAAUCUUAUGGUUGUGUGGAAAUGUUGUAUGA